AUGCGAGCUCGUGCCGGCACCACGUAUUUUGGGAGACAAAGAUACUCAACAAUUCGAAAACAAUGUGAGAAAAGCGGGCAACUCUUCGUGGACACUGAGUUCCCGCCGACGAAUUCGUCGCUUUUCCUCGAACAGGGACGAUCAUCGGAUAUCGUCUGGAAAAGGCCAGCGGAAAUCGUCACCGAUCCGCAUCUUUUCGUCGAAGGAGCCUCGCCGAAUGAUGUCACACAGGGUAUCCUCGGGAAUUGCUGGUUUGUGAGCGCAUGUUCAGCUCUCACUCACAACACCGCUCUCUUGGAUAAGGUGAUCCCGAAUUCGAAUAAACAAGAGUGGGGCCCGGGCAAUACCUAUUCGGGAUUGUUUCGAUUUCGUUUCUGGCGCUUUGGCAAUUGGAUGGAAGUGGUGGUGGAUGAUUUGUUGCCGACAAGAGACGGAAAGCUUCUUUUCGCUCGCUCAAAGACGCCGAACGAGUUCUGGUCUGCACUCUUGGAGAAAGCUUUCGCAAAAUUGUACGGUUGUUAUGAGAACCUUGUUGGCGGACAUCUCUCCGAUGCACUUCAAGAUGUCUCGGGUGGAGUGGCGGAAACGAUUUCCAUGAGCAAAUUCCUGAAAAACGACCCAGCCAAUCAGUCGAAUCUUCUAUUCGAAAGACUGAGUAUGGCCUACGAGAAUGAGGCGCUCGUCAUUGCCGCAAUUGCUGCGAGAACGAAAGAGGAGAUCGAGGAGACGCUUGACUGCGGUUUAGUGAAGGGACACGCCUAUGCGGUCACUGAUGUACGCUUUAUUGAGCUGAAUGCAAAAGAGAAAUCGAUCAGCUCAUUCCUCUUGGGCAGCAUGGAGAAACAGCGGAUGAUCCGUUUGCAGAAUCCGUGGGGAGAAAAGGAAUGGAAUGGACCGUGGAGUGACGGGAGUCCCGAAUGGGAACAGGUGACCGAUUCCACAAAGAAAUCCCUUGGCAUCACCGUUGAUGAGGAUGGAGAAUUCUGGAUGCCGUGGGAGUCUUUCACGCAAUAUUUCACCGACAUUUCCGUGUGUCAAUUGUUCAACACAUCCGUGUUUUCUUUAGCCAAGAGUUACGAUGAGAAGAUUUUCUUCGGCCAUUGGUCGUCGAAUGGUGCUCGUAGUGGUGCACCCGGUGAUCUCGCCGGGGGAUGUCUCAAUUUUCCCGCUUCUUUUUGCUCGAAUCCACAGUACGUCUUUGAUGUGAAUGAUGAGAAAAACGAGGUGAUGUUCGCGUUAACGCAACGAGAAGUUGGUGAAGGGAAAAAGAGAAGGGAACCAUUUGUUUGUAUUGGAAUGCAUAUUAUGAGAGUCGAAAGGAAUCGAGUCACAAGGGUGCAUCAGCCAACCGAACCAGUGGAAGCGUCCGACUAUGCGAAUGCUCGAUCGGUGUUCCUCCAUUUAAUCGAUGUGCGGCCUGGCCGAUACAUCAUUUUACCCACCACCUACGCUCCACGAGAACAAGCGACUUAUAUGUUAAGGGCCUACUCCUCUGAAAAAUUGCACAUGAAAGAGUUGAAGCGACAAGCGCCGUCAGUCGGUUGGUGCUGGCAAUCGGCGAGUCAUGUCACGAGGGUGCAUAUCGUUGAUGCGAGUCUUCCAGGGACUUCAGGCGAUUUCUAUUGUAUGCUCGAUGACGGGAAAAGUCAGCUGAGAACGCGAACGAUGCGCGAAUCGACCUCACCCAAAUGGGAUGAACAAUUCCUAUUUUUCAAGAGAUCUGCUCGGCAAAAGUACGCGGUCGAGGUGUGGGAGGACAGGAAAAUCGGGAGGGAUCGAUUAGUGGGAAGAGUCGAUAUUAUAGCACUGACAGAUAAUGACAGCCGAGAAGAGGUGAAAGAGUUCGGCGAGGGGAAAAUCCGAGUGAAAAUCGCCGCCUACGACGAUCCGCUCUAUCUG